AAAUCACGCUGCUGGGCGACUGCAAGCGGGUUCACCAGCUCGAUCCGGUGCCCGGUGCCAGACUGCUUGCCGUGCUAUCUGGCAGGAGCCGAAACGUGCGUGUUUUCACCUGGGAGGACCUGAAGAACCCAGAGGCGACCGGAGCCAAGCUGUUGGAAGCCCGGGGCUCUCAGAUGAUCACCGCGGGCAGCCUGUGCCAGGGGAAGGGUGCCUUCUGGCUGUGCACGGCCUCCAAGCGACAUGUGACGUGCUACCAGCUGGCCUCCAGCAAGCAGCCAUACAAGCGGGCACGGGACUUCCAGGCCCCUGGGGUGGUUCAGUGGAUGGGCAUCUUCGAGGAACUCCUGUGCAUCGGCUAUCCAGCCGGUUUCAGCCUGUACGCUUUGGCGGGCGAGGGACCCCCGACCAACUUAGUGAGCCCAGAGGACCCCUCCCUCGCCUUCCUCUCCCACGGGCAGACGGAGGCUUUGUGCGCUGUGACUGUUUCCAGUGACCUGUACCUGCUCUGCUUCAACACGGUUGGCGUGUACGUCAACGGCCAGGGUCGGAGGUCAGAGCAGCGCGAGCUAAUGUGGCCAACGCACCCCGUCGCUGCGGCUUGUCACGGGCCAUAUCUGACGGUGUACAGCGAGAAUGCAAUGAACGUGUUUGCAGUGAAGACUGGCGAGUGGAUCCAGACCAUUCCCCUGAAGAAAGUUCGCCCCCUGAACUCGGAUGGAUCACUGAAUCUCUCAGCAAGUGAGCCAUACCGAUUAAUCUACUUACGCAGGAAGGAGGCCG